AUGACGAUGCCAGCCCCAGACUUGAUGCAUGCAUCACCAAAUGUACCUACCAACCUUUGUCUGCAGAAUGAGCCCAACAGGCAGAAGGGGACUUCUCCAGAUUCGUAUCAUGACGCAAAAACCGAUUUCGACUCGGGUUCACUCGGAGACCGUUGUCCUACCCCUUUCCCGUCCUUGACAGGCCUGAGAUCACGGGGGAAAGUUGGAGAACUAGAGUCGGCGACGAUUGGCUCGAGAGUGACACUUGUCGAUCUACACAAUGCUACAGCAUCGCUUGGUGCUUCGCCGAUUGCAGCUCUACAAGCUGCUUGGGCUGUGAUCCUUUCUACGUACACUGCUGCUCAGGACGAUGUUAUCUAUACCACCCUUAUCGCCUCCCCAGCGAGCCAUAACUCUGAUCAUCGAGGCGAGGACGACUUUCAAGCGAUUCAAACGCGAGUAUGUCUCAACAUCCCUCAAAAGCGGGGCCAAACAACAAAUGGCAGCAUCCUUAAACACUUGACAGCAUCAAAUGCGUUGGCGCUACUUCAAUCUAAGCAGCCAGUGGUUCCAGCUGCUCACCGUGAUGAAUUGAUCAAACAUGGAACGCUUGUAGCCUUGAAAAGCAAGGAUUGUCCUGAACGUGGCGAUGGGAUUUUGAAAUUAAGCAAUGGGCUCUUCAAAGGUGAUGAGCCCGCAGUCAGUCUUGUAGCCCGGCCUGACUUGGCCGGUUCCCUGGAGUUGAAUGUACUCUACAUCAAUCUGGUUCUGAACGAAACUAGCGCGCUUGUGAUGUUAGAGCAAUUGGACGAUGUCUUAGCAUUCAUUUUAGCAAAUCCUGCAAAACCGAUUGCAGAUAGCUUGGCUGCUAUUCGCCCUUCUCUAUUAUCGACAUGGAAUGGAGCCCUGCAGGAGUCCACAGAAUUCAGUCUACAGGCACCACACUUGCAUGCCCAAUUCGAGAGUUUUGCCAGUUGCAGCCCGCACCGUGUGGCAUUGGAUUUCAGGAAGGACAUACAUUCUGAAAAAUCAAGCGAUAACACCACGUGGACCUAUGAGCAGCUCAAUGACAGAGCCGAGAGUUUUGCUACGCGUCUCAUCCACCGCUUUGGCCCCUUGACUGAUGAUGUUAUACCAGUAUGCAUGGAAAAGCGCCCGGAGCUCUACAUUGCCAUUCUCGGUAUUUUGAAGACAGGCGGGGCCUGGUGUCCAAUCGAUCCGUCUUUCCCAGCUCGUCGCCGCCACCACCUUAUUGCACGAAUUGGCGCUCGAAUUCUUGUUGUUGCUGAGCCAAAGCCUGCAGGUAGCACCGACGGCAUACCCCAAGGCGUGACCACUGUCGACAUCAACUGUCUGGAGGACACUGUUGCCGGUGUGUUUAAAACUCCUAGUGCAAAGAUGGGAAGCCUUGCCUAUCUCAUUUGGACAAGUGGGACUACUGGCGAUCCCAAGGGCGUUCCAAUUCAUCACAAAGCUGCAGUGACCAGUAUGCGAGCUCUACAGAGGUCUAUACCUUCUGAUGUAGCUGGAGGCAUCGACUUGUUCUACACCUGGGGCAUUGGAGGGACGGUCAUAUCGUCCACCCGAGAAAUCAUGCUUGGCUCAUUCGCCGAGCUGGCAACCAAGACAAACGCAACCCAUGCGCAUUUGACCCCAGCUUUCGCGGCGAGUGUGCCGAGAGAGCGAUGUCCGACCCUCGAGGUCAUCACGAUGAUUGGAGAGAAGUUGCCUCAGGCUAUAGCAGACGAUUGGAGUCAGGAUAUGCGAGCUUUCAACACGUAUGGUCCCGCCGAGACUACGGUAGUCUCAACUUUAAGGCAGUUUGGUGCUGCAGGAGACGAAGUUCAGAGCGAGAAUAUUGGCUUUCCUCUAGUAUCGGUGUCUACUUUUGUUAUGCGCGAUGAUCGCCCUCUCAUGAGACAAGGUAUUGGCGAGUUAGCUCUUGGGGGCCCCCAGCUUUCGAAGCGCUACUGGAAUGAUCCAGAUAGAUCUUCCGAAAAAUUUGUUUGGAAUGAGCAGUGUUCUAGAAACUUAUACAUGACAGGAGAUUUGGUUCGCCAACUGUACGAUGGCUCUUUGGAGUUUGUUGGCCGUACGGAUGACCUGAUCAAGAUCCAAGGUAUCCGUAUCGAGCUUAGCGAGAUUGGCUUUUCUCUUCGUUCCUGCCAUCCACUCGUCGAGCAAGUCGAGAUACAAUACCUGGAUCGGCCGGACCGUCCUUCAAAGGUCAUCGUGGCGUUUCUCGUUGCACCAAAAUUGGACAAUAGCAUGCAACCUACCAGUCAACUCACUGCAAGCGAAGAAGCGAUCCCAAUUGCUAAGAGCGCUCUCCUUAAAGCGCAGACCAACUUGCCUGGUUAUAUGAUCCCAAGGGUGUUUCUCGUGAUAAAUAGCAUUCCAACGACAUCUUCGGCUAAGACCGAUCAAGCUGUUCUCAAAGACAUUUACAGCUCGAUCGAUCUGGGAACGUGGGAAAGGACGCUUGCUUCAAAUGACAACAGUACCAGAGAGGUAGCGACCUGGAGCACGCGCGAAUCAGAUCUCAUCGCGGUUGUCACGGAACUCUCUGGAACACAUCGGGAUUCAAUGAGUCGAGCCUGUGACUUGCGUUCGAUUGGAAUAGAUUCCAUUGCCGCAACGAGAUUAGCUCCACUGCUCAAUGCCAAAGGGUUUCGCAUCUCAGUCGCCGAUAUUCUUAAGUGCCAAAAUCUGGAUGAUCUUUCGAAGUCGACUGACAAGCCCCACACCGAGCAUCUGACAGAAAGACACGAUCUAGAGGCUUUCCACAAAGAAUGGUACACCAGGGUUACAAAUGAAAUAAAUAGACGUGAUGUAUACGUGGCUCCGGCUUUGCCGUUGCAAGAGUCUCUUCUCAGCGAAAGUAUGCAGAACCCCAGCGCUUACUGGAGUAACACUUUUCUUUCUCUCGAUGCUAAGGUCGACAACAACCGCUUACGCAAGGCAUGGUUGCAGGUUGUGAGCGAUACAGAGGCAUUACGUACAGGUUUCAUCCCUUCAGCUGCAGUUUUGGAACAUCAUAUCGAUGCCUCCAUCUCGAACUCAACAUUUAUGCAGUUGAUAUACGAAGUGGCUACCAUUGAUUGGACAUGUGUGAAGUCGUCAGAGGCCGGUAUGAUCGAGCUUGCCACACAACGAGCACAUGCUGUGGCCGAAAGACAUCAAAGAGAUCACUUCAGGGACCCGCUUGUGGCCAUUACGAUCUUCGAACAGCCAAACCAUUGCGUGAUGAUGGUCUCUGUUCAUCACGCUGUUCGCGAUGAGGCAUCGUUAGGUUUCAUCCUGGAAGAUGUUAGUAAGAGCUACCAGAAGUUUGGUGAGGGCCCAGGACAUCGGCAUCAAUUGCGCGAGGCUCUACAAGUGAUGCUUCCGACGGGAGCUCAAAUCGAUCAGGAUGAGGAUUUCUGGUCAAAAGCACUCGAAACUUUCGUUACCACUGAUGAUGCAAAUAUAUGGCCUGAUUUGACUGGAAAGAGCAGGCGAAGCGAAGACCCAGCUGUAGGGUUCUUAAUCCACACUCAGGCUCUGAAAACGAGCUACAAAGACCUUCAAGGUGCAGCACUCGGCCUCGGUGCAUCAUCGGUAGCAUCAAUUUUACUAGUAGCUUGGGGGAGCGUGCUACUGGAGUACUUGGAGACUAGCAGCGUAGUAUUCGCAGAGACAUGGUCAACCCGAAUUGAUGACUUUACAUUAGCGGAUGUUGUCGGACCACUAACGACUGUAUUACCUGUCCCUUUUCGUGCGCUGAGAUCCGCUCGCGAAGCCUUAAUCGCGCAAUCGAAUUUUCAGAGAGAGUCUAGAGCCCAUCGCUCAAUUCAUGCACGAGUCAUUAGAAAAAUUCUAAAACGCUCCGAGAACCAAGGUCUAUAUCCAGCAGUGUUCAACUUUCUUCCUGAUUUGGGGGAAGACAGCGAGAACGGUUGCUCUUCAAUAUGGAGUAAGAUUGACAAUGUCGUGGGCCUUACUGUUGAACAUCCUUUGGCACUCAAUGUCGCACAGACAGCAAACGGUGUUCUAGAGAUGGAGAUCUCAGCAAGCCAAAAGGUUAUGAGCAGUGCCCACCUCGCCAUACUUGCUCUGCAGGUGGACGCAUUCGUCGAGACGAUGUUGAGAUCCCCUGACAUGCCACUUACGCAACUUUCAUUAUAUUUUCCAAAAGAGCUGGUCUCUGUGACCUCGGUCUCCUUCAGCGAAAAGGUGAAACUUGCUUGGAAACAAAAUCCCACGGAUUGGGUGGAUCAUUACGCUGCAGUACAUCCACACUGGCCCGCAGCUCAAGUGGUCACCUCUCUUGACAACAAGGAGUGCGAAUCUGAAAGCUGGAGUUUUGCAGAAUUACGCUACGCAUACAAUCGAGUUUCAGCUUUCAUUAGUCACAGUGGUUAUACUAAUCAGAUGAUAGCAGUGUGUCUGGAUCGCCGUAUUGAGGCUUAUGCGGUAAUUCUUGGGAUUAUGGCGUCUGGCAAUACCUACUUACCCAUCGACGAAGAUUUGCCCGGGAAGCGCAAAUCAUUCUUACUGCAGGACAGUACAGCUGCCAUGCUCUUCACCACCAGGUCUCUUGCGCUUACGUUUCCAAGCACUCCAGCCGAAAGCCGCGUGGUCUACGUGGACUGUAGUACAUAUGUGGAGCAAAUAGUCAGUGGUCGUUCGGUUGAAACCUCCUCGCAUCCACAAGCUAGCGACAACGCUUAUUUGCUUUACACCUCUGGAUCAACUGGAGUACCGAAGGGUGUGCUUGUUGGCCGGGGCAACCUUUGCUCGUUCAUCGAAGGACUUUCCGAGUUCAUUUGUCCACUUAUUCCUGGAAUGAAAGAGCUUCCGGGUAAAGGCAAAUACCUCGGACUUGCAAGCAGAGCUUUUGACGUUCACAUUGCUGAGAUGUUCCUGGCCUGGCGACAAGGUCUGGCUGCAGUGACUGCUCCUAGGACGAUGCUGCUCGAUAAUCUUGAGCUAGCGCUUCGGAAGCUGGAGAUUACUCAUGCUAGCUUUGUGCCAUCAUUGAUCGAUCAAGCUGGCUUAGAUCCCGCGAAUCUCCCUGACCUUCAUUAUCUGGGUGUCGGAGGCGAGAAGAUGUCGAAACGUGUUAUCGAUUCAUGGGCCUCCAAUGAGAACGCAUCUUUGAUAAAUGCGUAUGGUCCAACUGAAAUGUCAAUAGGAUGCACCGCUGCAGAAGUCACUGGAGAAUCGAGUUCGAGGAACGUCGGUCGACCUUACGGGAACUCCGUUGCUCAUGUACUGGUACCUGGAUCCAAUAGGUACACCCUGCGUGGCGUUGCAGGAGAGCUCUGCUUUACAGGAGACUUAGUCGCAAAUGGCUACCAUAAUCGUCCCGAUGCGAAAGGAUUUGUAAAUGAUUUCAACGGUGAAAGAAUGUAUCGCACAGGUGACGUAGUGCGCUUGAUGGCAGACGACACACUGGAAUACCUGCGCCGAGAGGAUGAUCAAACCAAAGUCAGAGGUCAACGACUCGAACUAGGUGAGAUUACCGAGGCUGUUCGAUCGACAGCCGUAACGACGCUGGGGUUGAAUAACAUCGACGUGGCAACUAUGGUUGCUCAGCAUCCCAAGCUCUCAAAAUCACAACUUGUAAGCUUCGUCGUUCCCAACCCACAUUCAAAUAAAACCCUAGAAGUUUCAGAGACCCUUAGCUCUGCCCACGACUAUGCUAUCGCAAGCGAGAUUCAAGCCGGUUGCCGAAAAGUCCUUCCCGCUUACAUGGUUCCUGAUGUGGUCAUUCCCCUCACAAAACUACCCCUGGCCCCGUCAUCCGGAAAAGCAGAUUUGAAGCGCCUCAAAAUUCUUUUCGCAGACAUACCAAUUGCGGACUUGAUACACGACACCUCCUCAGAACAGCCUGAUCAACCGGAUUCAACCCGCCAAGAAUUGACUGAAGCUGAGAGAAGUGUGCGAAGCGCAGUCAUGAACACCCUAGCUGUUGAUGCGGCCGAAAUCUCAAGAAAUACCAACAUCUUCCGGCUAGGACUUGAUAGUCUAAGCGCCAUCACUCUGGCCGUCAAACUGCAGAAGCUAGGAUACGACUGCACAGUUUCCAGCGUCCUGAUAAACCCCUUUCUUGAACAGCUGGCUCUUCUACCUCAAAAAGACCAAGACAAAGAGGCACCAGCAGACCAACUUACACAGACACGGUCAAGACUAGGAGAUCUCGAGUCCAGGUUUCGUGGGACUCACUCCCAUGGCCUAGACGACUCGUCCAUUCAGGCAGUAAAGCCUUGCUUGCCUUUACAAGAGACCCUUGUGGCGACUUCUCUCAACGACAAUAGUGAUCCGCUCUAUGUGAAUCACAUGGCAUUGAGGCUAUCUAAUGAUUUCGAUCGCGCUCAUCUUUAUAGAGCUUGGGCGAGGGUAGUGGCCGACCACGACAUACUCAGGACCUGCUUCCAGGAAUUCGAAAAUGGAAUUGUUCAAGUCAUUUUUGAAUAUGUUGAGUCCCGAUCAGUGUCCUGGGAAGAGACUGUUACCUCAGAUCCCGAGUCGGCUUCCCAGCUUCAGCAAAGUAAAUCUGGCACAGAAAUUAUCUCUGACAUUGCGAGCAAAGCCCCAUUGAGACUGACCCUGUUUCGGCCACCUUCUGACGACGGAAGUUCGAUACUGUUGGUUUCAAUACAUCAUGCACUAUAUGAUAGAGAAUCCAUCACCAUGGUACUUCAAGAGCUCAUCAUGCGAUAUCACUCAGCCAUUCCUCCGGCUCAUACCCCUUUUGAUUCGAUGAUUGAACACGUAUUUUCCCAGGAUCAGGAGGCGUCCGAAGUCUUCUGGAAAGAUUAUCUAGCACAUUGUAGGCCGACUUCGAUUGUGGAUCGAGCUGAUACCACAAAAAAAACCCCGAAUAACAAUUUCUUCCCGACGGUGGACAGGACUCUUGCUAGUCCGCUUGCUGAGUUGGAGGACUUCUCUUCUUCUAUAAGUGGAACACUGACAUCAACUAUCCAGGCAGUCUUUGGCAUCAUCUUGGCUCAAGUGCUGGAAACCCACGAUGUAGUAUUUGGCGCCGUACUUUCCGGGCGCACUGUGCCGAUAGAGAAUCCUCAUACUAUCGUUGCGCCCUGCAUAACAACCAUUCCUCAACGCGUCAAUUUCCAUUCCAAUUGUUCCUCUAUUGUAGACAUCGUGAAAGAUGCCCAACAAGGUUUUGUAGCCUCUCUCGAGUUUCAACACACAGCUCUGAGACAUAUCCAUCGCUGGCUCGGAGCAGAGAAACCCUUGUUCGACUGUCUAGUCUCCUGUAUACAGAAAUUGGAUUCAAAGCCUAGCACUUAUCCACGUCUUUGGACUGAGCUCGAGGGCUCCAUCCCCAAAGACUUCCCGCUCUCUAUUGAAUUUGAGGCUGACUAUGGAGCCGGUCGAAUGCGUGCUCACUGUGCUUUCUCUCCUGCAUUUGGCGACUUGGACAGAGCAGCGUCUUUACUAGAGAAUAUCGAUCUUCUUCUGGGAGCGUUAGUUCGACGAGAAAUUGUCACUACUGAAGAUCUAGGCCUCUCCAAAAGUGAUGCUGUAGACUAUAGAUCUAAGCCGCAAGUUUGGGACCAGUCACACUGGACGCCGAGAGAGCUGAAGGUGCGAGAGCUUGCGGCUGAGAUCUGUGGUACCAGUGCGAAAGACAUCUCAAAGGGAGCAUCAUUUUUCAGUCUAGGGAUCGACUCUAUCACUGCAAUUCGGUUUGCGCAACGCCUAAGACACUCGGAAAUGCAGUGCUCUUCAGCGGAUGUGAUGCGCCAUUCAUGUAUAGCGGCGCUAGCCCAAAAAAUUGACAGUCUUCCACAUCACACGAGAAGCAUCGAAAAGCUCUCAGAGGCGCCACAGGAAGACGACCUCAAUCACUUUAUCCCUCAGCUCCCAAUUUGGAGCCCCGCAGACACUAUAACAGACGUCUAUGCUUGUACUCCACUGCAGUCCUCCAUGCUUACUCAAACCCUGGGAUCAGAUGGGAAGCUUUAUUUUCACUACCAUGCUGUCCGACUAGCCCGCCAUAUCGAUCUCUCCAGACUAAAACAAGCAUGGGAAUAUCUCAUCGUGAAGACAGAGAUACUUCGAACCACCUUCCACUUUUCCAACGCGGUUAACACGUGGCUGGCAGCAGUGCACCAAGAGAGGCCAGACUCUUGGACAGAGCGCGAUAUCAUAACUUCAAUAUCUGAUUCGCUGACCGAUAUCAUGGAGCAUUCUGUAUUCCAUGAAGAAGCGGACUUUGAGCAGCCGCCUUGGAAGGCAACUAUUUUGAAGACGGCAACGGAAACUGUGCUCGUGAUGUCGAUGCAUCACAGUCUCUACGACGGCGAGUCAAUCAACCUCCUGUUCCAAGACCUGGCAAGGCUGUAUGAAGACAUCGAUUUGCCCCUAAGAGCACCUUUCAGCGAUGCAGCGAGAGCUAUCUCGAAGAGUAAGACGGAGGCCGAAAACUUUUGGUUACGACAACUCGACGGGUUUACAAACAGUGAGGUUUCCCCGUCGCAGAAAGCCACAGAGACGGCCAUGAUAGAAAUGGAUACUACUUUCCUAAUGAACAUCGAGAGUAUACUUCAGGGCUGCAAAGAUCUUGGGGUGACCAUCCAGACGGUCGCACUCUUGGCCUAUGGAAAGAGCCUCGCUUGCGUCUCAGGACGCCGAGAUGUCGUCUUUGGUCAUGUGGUCGGAGGUCGAUCGCUUGCAAUGCCAGGCGCAGACGAAGUCGUCGGACCGCUCUUCAACACGGUCCCAUCCCGCAUCGUCUUUGACAAGACCUAUGUCACGAACAAAGCUGCGGCCAUUGACAUUCAACAGUCCUCGGGAAACUCACGACCACACCAGUAUGCGUCGUUGGGUAGGAUUCAGCAGGCAUGGCGGCAGAAGGUUGGAGAUGCUAACGCACAGCUUUUUGACACUCUGUUCGUCUUCCAGAACACCGUUAACAGGGCAUCAUCCACAGAUAGAUUGUGGACCUCUCUCGAUAUGGGUGAAGCUGUCGCCCCCACCGAAUACUCGACGAACUUUGAAUUCGAGCAAGGGGGAGAAGAGACCGUCUUGAGAUUGUCGUCGCGCAAGGGGCUGACAACACGAGAGCAGCUCCAGGCCUGGCUUACAGACUUUGAGCAGAUCUUUCAAGACAUUAUUGAGCGUCCUCAGCGGAGUGUAAUGGCUUUCCCAGGCUCGCUACAGAGUCUCCCACUUGCGAUUGGGAACGACAAGAAGCGCGCAUCUCCAAAAGAUGACAUUGAGCCAGGACCGGAUUUGGAAUCCAUUCGGACAGUGCUAUCGGAAGUAUCCGGGAUUUCCCCAGAGAACAUUCCAGUAAAUGCCAGCAUAUUUUCCCUAGGUCUGGACUCCAUCUCCGCAAUCCGGGUGGCUGCGAGCUGCCGGAAGCAGGGUCAUGUGGUAAGUGUUGCAGAUGUACUUCAAGGACGCAGUUUGAGCGGCAUCUGUAGACGGCUUCGGGGAAGGAAUCCGGAGCAAACCCGCCACGCGGAGAAGCAAAGUCCAUUGAUCAAUACGGAAGCAAGAUCAAAGGCUCUAGUCCUGGCAAGUCUCAAAGAUGAGGAUAUCGAGGAUGUGCUACCGUGUCUAGCCGGUCAAUCAUAUCACCUUGCCAGUUGGCUGAAAUCGCGUCGGACGAUGUGUGAGGCGGUAUGGACAUAUCAGUGUCCCAGACGGCUGAAUGUGAAUGAUCUGAGGUCCGCUUGGAGAGGGCUGAGGGAGCGUCAUUCGGUGUUGCGGACUACAUUUGUUGCUCUCUCGCCCAAAGAGACCGUCCAAGUGGUACUCAAACCUUCAGCACUCAAUCACGACUCCUUCAAGUGCAUAGAAGCUCCAGGUGAUACCGAAGACCGAGUCGCUGACCAGAUCACUCAAGAAACAAAACAGCCGUUCGACUUCUUCAGUCCUCCUUCGAAGCUACGCCUCGUACGCGGGGAUACUCAAGACUUUGUGGUGUUGAAACUCCAUCAUGCAACCUACGACGCUUGGACAGUUCAGAAAAUCGUUGACGACCUCAUCGCACUAUACCAAGGCGUCCAUCUACCGUCCCCGCCACGCUUCGACUCAUUCAUCCACCACACCACGCACUCUCUCCACACCGAACCGGAACAACUCUACUGGCGCAAAAGCCUGAAAGAAUGCCAACCAACCCUCCUCCAGCCAUCAACCACCCAACCCGACACCCCCGUCCCCACAUCUACCGCUUCCACCGCAAUCUUCGUCUCCAUCAACCCCGCUCUCCCAAACCUCCGAUCCCUAGAAACCACAUGCCGCCACUCCGCCACUUCCCUCCCCACACUCAUCCUCCUCGCCUUCGCCCGCGCCCUGGCCCGCCACACCUCAGUCGCCAGUCCGACUUUCGGCCUCUACCAGGCGGGCCGCUCCACUCCGUUCAAAGACAUCGAUGAGCUGUGCGCUCCAUGUCUGAACGUCACGCCGGUGGUGAUACCGGAUGCGUUGGACCGGCCGGCGCUGGAGAGUGCGCAGCGGUUGCAGGUUGAUCUGGCGGAGAGGGUGGAAUUCGAGCAGAGCUAUCUGCGCGAAAUACUGGGUUGGGUGGGUUGCGGGGGUGGGCCGCUUUUCAACACGUUUGUGAAUAUCCUCUCGCAUGAGGGCGCGCGGGGUCCUCUGUCAGCCUCGUCAUCGUCAACAAGACCGACAACAAGUUCCGACCCUCUCUUCGUCCCAUGUCAGCUGCCACAUGUCCCGAUGGAUGCUGUACCGGCGGAGACGAUGAAGCAUGGUAAGACUGCGGUGGAUGGUUUGGAAGUGGAGUAUCUUGCCGAGAAGAACUUGUACCUAGAUGUGGCGAGGAGGGUCGAGGAUGAUUGUAUCGAUUUUGGGAUCCGGUGUGAUGGAGAGCUGAUGGAUGAGGGGACGGUGAGGGCGUUCGCGGGUGAGAUUGCUGUGGAGGUGGAGAAAAUUGUGGAGGGUAUUGAGAGGGAUGGGGAUCGAGGGGUUUAG